AUGAAACAAACAUAUUUUCGCGAGCCAAAAUAUUCCAAGAAUUAUCUUAUUUCAAAGCCACAGAACCUAUAUGAACAAUAUGUAAAUGCUUUUGCAUUCUCUGAAAUGAACAUUAUUUCUGAAUUAUCAAAAACUCCUGUUCAGCCCUCUUUUUCCAAUUUUUCUAAUUUUUCUUCGAAAAGAACACCUACAACUGAACGUGAACCUUCUCCUAAUAUCAUUCCCGAACCUUCUAAUGAUACUCAAUUUCCACAAAACGCGAUAGCACAAAAACAUUCGUUUACUCUUUUACAAAAUUCUAAGACUGAACUAUAUGAAUACAAUAAACUAUUAUAUGUGACAACUUCAUCAGAAUUUCGUACACAAUUUACUUCAAAAAUUAGAAAACUUGAGGAGAUUAUAAUGUUUGAGGAAAAUAAACUUAAAAAAUUAAAAGGUAAUGGAUACACAGGUCGAAAAGUGAAAAAUCAGGCACCAAUCGGUCACCAAUCAGGUAGCUGA